GGACAAGAAUGGUUUCCUGAGCCGUGGGCCCCAUGCGCUUGCUUCCAGCACCCGCUCCUCUUCAGUGGACGACAACGCGAGAAGAAAUGGUGUUCGGAGAGAGGAGGAUUUAAUAAAGGACCGACUUACAAAGGUGCAGGCCGAGAUCCGGGAAAGUGGCAAGAAGGUGAAAACCGACGGCUGUUCUCAGUGAAGGACCUUGUACUCGCUACUGAGUAGCGACCAUGGGCCUGCUCGCCUACCUGAAGACCCAGUUCAUCGUGCACCUCCUCAUCGGCUUCGUGUUCGUGGGGAGUGGGCUGGUCAUCAACUUCGUCCAGCUAUGCACACUGGUCCUCUGGCCGCUGAACAAGCAGCUCUACCGCCGGCUCAACUGCCGCCUCGCCUACUCGCUGUGGAGUCAGUUGGUUAUGCUGCUGGAGUGGUGGUCCUGUACGGAGUGCACGCUGUUCACCGACCGGGCCACGGUGGACCGUUUCGGCAAGGAGCACGUGGUCAUCAUCCUCAACCAUAACUUUGAAAUUGAUUUCCUCUGUGGGUGGACCAUGUGUGAGCGGUUUGGCGUGCUGGGGAGUUCCAAAGUCCUCGCGAAGAGGGAGCUGCUCUAUGUGCCCCUCAUCGGCUGGACGUGGUACUUCCUGGAGAUCGUGUUCUGCAAGCGGAAAUGGGAGGAGGACCGGGACACUGUCAUCGAGGGGCUGAAGCGCUUGUCCGACUACCCCGAGUACAUGUGGUUCCUCCUGUACUGUGAGGGCACGCGCUUCACAGAGAAGAAGCACCGUGUCAGCAUGGAGGUGGCCGUCUCCAAGGGACUGCCCGUCCUCAAGCACCACCUGCUGCCUCGGACCAAGGGCUUCACCACUGCGGUCCAGUGCCUCCGAGGGACAGUUGCAGCCGUCUAUGACGUCACGCUGAAUUUCCGUGGAAACAAGAACCCGUCUUUGCUGGGAAUCCUCUACGGGAAGAAGUACGAGGCGGACAUGUGUGUGAGGAGAUUUCCUCUGGAAGAGAUCCCACUGGAUGAGAAGGAAGCGGCUCAGUGGCUUCAUAAACUGUACCAGGAGAAGGACGCCUUGCAGGAGAUGUACAACCAGAAGGGCGAGUUCCCAGGGCAGCAGUUCAAACCCCCCCGACGGCCGUGGACGCUCCUGAAUUUCCUCUCCUGGGCCACGGUCCUCCUGUCCCCUCUCUUCAGUUGUGUCUUGGGCGUCUUUGCAAGUGGCUCGCCUCUCCUGAUCCUGACGUUCCUGGGGUUUGUCGGGGCAGCUUCCUUUGGAGUCCGCCGACUAAUAGGAGUAACUGAAAUAGAAAAAGGCUCUAGCUACGGAGACCAAGAAUUUAAGAAAAAGGAAUAAUUACUGGCUGUGAUUGCACAUACAUAGCCUGGCGGGGGCAUCCAAUUAACUCCAUUAAAAACAGAGCAACACACAGAUCGGAAAAAAAGACCCUUAGAAACUAUUUUUCUUAUUAACUGGUGACUAAUACUGACCAGGAAACCUCGAGCCAAGAGAGAAGCCGUCGGAGGCCCGCAGACGAUGACUCUGGCCGCACCCCUGCACAGGGGGCGAGAGUCCACCACGGAGCCGGGCGCAGGGGCCGCGUGUGUGCAGGGGCGGGGGGCAGCCACUCCUGGGGUCACGGGUCCCACCCCGAUGUCAUCAAGAGAGAAUUCUGCCUGCCAGAGGGAGCCUUCAGAUGCUUUCUCUUCUUAAAUUUAGAUCCCGUUUUUGUUUUUUAUCAGUUAUUUCGGGAACUCACCCUGGCCCUUCACCUCCUCCCCUCCCCCCAGCGAACCUUCCCCUGCCCCCCUGGGAAGAAGGACAUGCAGGUCCCAGGCCCCCAAAGCGCCUGCCCGUCCUGCCCAGCCCAGCCCCGCCCCACCCCGCCCCUUCACUUCUGGCUGGUAGGGUGGGUGCGCAGAGCGUUCUUGGGGUGAUGGGCACACGCCGAGUGUCGGAUGGGCGGGUAGCCCCAUUUCACUGUUGGACCACCGCUUGCCCAUUUCCUCCCUAACCCCGUGUGUUAGGACCUUUCAUCUGUUUUUAUAGUGAAGGGGCCCCUUGCCCCAGUUCCUGGAGCCCCUGUCCCUCUUUCUCCCCCCGGCCUGCAGGGGGCUGCACCCUUGCCCCUGGUGCCCCGAGAGGGCUGGCCUGCAGCCCACAGGGCUCUUAGACGCUCGUUGAAAACGAUGUCGCCACCAAGCCUCUUCUGGAGGUGGUGGGAGACUGUUCACUUGGAGCUCGUUGGCUUCCAGAGGUUUUAUUUUUACAGUUGGUCUGUUGCUGGCUCCCCGCUCCCUGAGAAGUAGAGACGGUGAGCCUCCCCUGACCCCACCACCCUCCCUCUCCCAAGCAGGCCCCGGGGCCCCGGGGGUGGCCUGCCCUUGUGUGGCGGGCGUCACCCUGGGUGCCCGGGGACACGGCUCCCCCUCAGCUCCCCCUGCCACAGGGUGUCCCUGGUGACCUGCCUUGGGCCCGCGGACCCAGGACGGCUCUGCGUUCUACAGAUGGGGGCGUGGGGCUGGGGCUGCUGGGCUGGCGAAGGGAGGGGUGUGGGGGCCCCCCGCAGCCGGCUCCUGGGCUCAGCUCCAGCAUCCCGCUGCAUGGCCCGCCUGCGCGGGUUUCCCUCCUAAUCUAGGCCUGCUGUUUUCCAGUCACAGUCCCCUCGCGCUGCUUAGCAAGGGAAGCACGGCUAGUGGGUAUUAGCGCUGGCACCCUGUAGAGGGGCAGGUUGAAUUUUCUAGCAGAGGAGGGGGAGGAAAGAGGCCUGGGAGCGAUAGGAACUAGAUUGGACAAGUGACUAUGCAUCAGCCCUCAGCCUGUACUUGGGGAGCAUUUCUCGAGCCCGCACCUGCUCUUAGGAGACACGGCUGGUUCUGUGUGGUCGCCGGGGUGGGAGGGCAGACGGAGCAGAGCUCCUUCGAGGCUGCGGGCUAAGGCAGGACGGCCCCCCUCCCGGCUCACGCCCCGCACUGCGGGGAGGGGCUGCUGCUCGGCCCGCGUGUGUGACGAGCUCACUCGCGCCCGGGGUGUCGUGGAGCAGCGGCAGGGCACCGCGGCGCAGACGCACUACCUACAGGACGCGGAUGUCGAUCUUGCACCUGCUAACUCCUAGCUCUCGUUGCCCGGAGAUGUUCUCUUCCCUCGGAGCCCCUGUGCGCGGGGCGAGUCCGCCCAGAGUCGCUGAGCGAGCCGCGCAGACCCCCGUUCGCACAGAGACCGAGGCCAGCCAGGUUUUCAAUCUCAGCGAUUCCCUUCUGAUCUAACAGACGAGCUUGUGCACUUGAUGCCAAGACCUUGAGAGCAAUAAAACCUACACCAUGAA